GUCUGCUGUGAACCACGCACGCAGACGCAAGCAGCGGCUCAGAAAUGGCGGCCGACACUGGGAGCUCGUCGCUGCAGCUACCCUGCGUGUUUUCACCCAACUCCCGACAGUACCUGGCGCUGUGUGCCCAGGACGGCCGACUGCGCAUCUGGAACACAGACAGUAAAACACUUCACCAAGAAUACGUGCCUUCAGCCCACCUGAGUGCCACUUGUAUCUGCAUAGCCUGGGCACCAUGCCGGGCAGUAAAGGAUGGACCCCAGAGGAAGAAGAGGAAAUCAGAGGCCGGGCAGGCGGAGGAGAAGGCAGACCUGUUGGCGAUGGGCACGGCGGCGGGCAGUGUCCUUAUCUACAGUGCAGUGAAGGGAGCCCUGCACUGCACCCUGGAUGGAGGUCACAGCGGAGGGGUGAACUGUAUCCAGUGGCACCCUGAAGAUAGUUUAUUAUACAGCGGCUCAGAUGAUACGAACAUCAUAGAGUGGGACCUGCAGACGGGCAAGACGAGUAGUAAGUGGAAGGCGGACCGCGGGGCGGUGACCAGUCUGUGUGUGAGCCCCGACGGCAAACUGCUGCUCUCAGCUGGCCUCGUCAUCAAGAUGUGGGACUUGGACACCAAGGAGGUCUACAGGAAGUUCACAGGCCACUCCACGGCCGUGACGACCCUGCGCUUUGCCACCACGCGGCCUCCCGACAGCAACGGCCUGUACUUCCUGUCCGGAGCUGCACACGAUCGGCUGCUCAGUGUCUGGCAAGUACGAAAGGACAGAAAGGACAAGAACUCAGUGGUGUCUUUCACGCUGACGGACGAGCCGCGGCACGUCGACAUCGUCGCGUCUACCGGCAAGGAAGAGGCGGUGAGGCUGGCGGUGGUGUGCAAGGAUGGCCAGCUGCAUCUCUUUGAACACUUUUUAAAUGGGCCCUGCAAGAAGCCGCUGUCGCCCUCGUGCACGGUGCAGAUGUCGGACACGAAGGACUCCCCGGCGCCGAUCCCCCUGCUGGCGGCCGCUUUUAAAGCCGGUACGCAAACUGUGCUUCUGGGCUACGGCAACCACCUGCAGCCUGUGAUGGAGAAAGUGGAGAUCAACACGGCAGAGAGACACGUGUGUUUGACCCGGGAUGUCCAGACCAGCUUGUCCCUUUCCAUGGAGACCGCCGUCUCAAAGGUGAAAACCCCUGUUGUCAACUCCAAGAGCCGAGUGUUGGUCCCAGGACUUCCUGGUCACCAAGCCCCCGUCAAGGGAAGCUCACUGGGCUCAGAGAAGAGAAAAAAAGACACAGAUACCAAAGAGAUGUCGAUAGCGGAGCGGCUCGGUGAAAUCGAUCUGUCCACCGUCUCCGCCGACAAGGGGGCCCCGAAAGGAACGGCCUCUUUACAGACUGACAACUUUGCGGUGCUGCUGGUGCAGGGCCUGGAGAGCAGCGACACCAACAUCCUCAAUAAAGUUUUCCAGACUCGUAAAGAGAUUGUGAUAAAGAAAACGGUUGCUCGGUUACCCAUCCCUGCUGUUUUACCUUUGGUGGAAGAGAUCACAAAGAGGCUCCAAGGGCAUCCUUUUACGGCCGUUCUCAUGGUGCGGUGGCUCAAGGCCGUGCUCACUCACCACACAUCGUACCUGGCAUCGCUGCCAGACCUGGUCUCCCGGCUGGGAGUGCUUUACCACAUGAUCGAGAGCCGGGUGAAGAUGUUCCACAAGCUGACGAAGCUGCAUGGGAAGCUGUACCUGCUGAUGACUCAGGUGGCGACAAGUGACAGCAGCAAAACCAUUACAGAAGUCGACCACACAGCGAAGCUGGUGUAUGAAGAAGAAUCAUCCGAUGAAGACGAGGCCUCUGGUGACGAAGCUCUCCCAGGCGACGAUGACGACUCUGAAAACUGGGAGGAGGAGGAGGAGCUGGCGGCAGCGAUGGAGGAGGAAGAGGCGGAUGAGAAAGGUCCAGACGGCAAAACAGAUUCCAAAGCAAACGGAGAGGAAGACAUGGAGCCCGGUAACGAGAGCGAAGAGGAGUGAAGACGAGCGGGGGGGAAAGGAAUGCCGAUCGCACGUAAAAUGGACCUGAAAGAGUUAUAUAUACUUUCAUUUUAUUUUCAUGCUUUUGAUUUUAUUAUCAGAACAAAGUAUGGUUUUACAAAAAAGAGAAAAGAAAAAAAUCAAGUGGACUCAUGGUUCAGGAGGGUGACGUCAGCCCCUCCCACAUAUCUGAGAGACGGAUGCAGUAUUUUACGAAGUCGCGUAAAAACAUUCUUCCUCUUCUUCCUGUCGGUCCGGUCUGCAUCCCAGCUCCGCCGGACGAGUUUGCAUAAAAAUAAUAGAAAAGACUGAAAUCAUCUUGCGGCGUUCCCGUUUGCCUACGCUGUGGUGUGCAUUCCAAUUUUUUUCUUUUAUGUUAUAACGUAGUAAUGAAUAGUUUCAGAGUCUAUUGUUUAGGUAGAGGAGCUCUGCAGCGGUUCAUUCUGAGACGACCCCGAAGGCCUCCUGGACCCACGGCCACCUCGCCGCCCCACGGACGUAUUGGCUGUGCACGUGUGGAGCUGUGAUGCAGCCGGCCCCCCCCCGCCUGGCCCCGCCCACACACACAAACCCACACACCAGGUGUUAGUGACCAUACAUCGUGUCCCCAAACAUGUAAAUCUGUGUACAGUGAAGUGUUUGUAUGGCUCUUCCCUCUGCAGCUGCCCCUCCCCCACACAUGUUUGGGAUUAAAUGAACUGUAAAGUC